UUAAUUUAUAUAGCACAUAGUUAUUGGUGUGUUCUUUGUAUAUUUUAAUCCGUUUUGCAAUUGUUUGAAUAAAUUAAUUUGAAUGUAUUGUAUUUAAAAUUGAGUAUUAAAUUUAUGUAAAGUCACGUUCAAAUAAUUUAAAAAUAGUUUAAUUCAUUACAAUGAGAGCGUGUAGACGAAAGCAAGCCAAGCAAAAUGAGUGUUUGGCAAGUGGUUCGCAGUCGUCGAAAGUAAACAUGGCAAAACGAUUUAAAUUACAAAGAGCCGAAGAAGAAGAAGAACACCCACCGAAUACAACGCAUUUUUUAGAUAUGAACGAUGAUUGCAUCGAUACAAUUUGCAAUUUAUUGGAGCUAGACGAUUUAUGUUCGAUGAGUAGAACAUGUCGACGUAUCCAAUCCGUGUCCGGUGACUAUUUUCAACGACACUAUCCAAAUAACUAUGUGCGAAUUCAAUCGUUUCGUCGACGUUCCGUUUUUUAUAAGUAUCCAAAUGAGAGAUAUGUCGACGAUUUAAAACCAUUCAUUCGAAAUGUCAUCAUUCAAGAGUAUAAGGGUAGCGUGUGUGCUGAUUAUUUGAAGCGAAAUUUUUGCGAAAAUUUGCGCGAACUCACAUUGCAUGGCAUCAAUUGUGAAUUGAAUGCAAUGCAUGGCAUUCAAAUCAAAGACCAUCUCGAACAUUUGGAGAAUAUUAAAUUUGUCAAUUGUUCAAUUGGCGAUAUUUAUGAGAUUUUUUUGAAACAUUGUCAACGAAUCAAACAUUUUGGCAUCGAUGAACCGAUUCAGUAUAACGGUAAGGUGACAUGGGCACAGCACACAUUUCCAACACUUGAAAGCAUCACCUAUUUUGAUGAGGCGAAUACAAAUCGUGUCGAAUUUGGACCGUUCUUACGGCGUAAUGCACAAAUUAAGUACAUCGCUUGUAAGGGAACGAAUGUUCAAGCAACGGUCAUGCAACGGGCCAAAAAUUUGGACGAUUUGGUACUGUGCUACAAUACACACAAGGAUUUUGCACGGAAUUUUAAACUAUUGAAGCAUUACAGCGAGAACAGCGACACAAAGAGGAUUAAAUUGGAGUUUACGAAACGAUUGGAGGAGCUGGAUCAUUUUGCCGAAAUUACAUCGAUUCAGAAACUGCAUGGGUACCGAGGCUUCCUGUUCGAAAACUUGCAGUGUGCUGACCUGUUCGCAUCAGUGGAGCAAUUGAAAGUAUUGCAGUUGCCGUCUUUUGGCCAUGUUUCACAAAUCUAUAUCAAACGUUUGGCCAGCUGUUUGCCAAAUUUGGAAGAGCUACAUUUUACUGCCCAAGAUAUGGCACUAAGUUUUAAAAAUUUAUUGACACCAUUUUGUCAGAAUCGAAAUUUAAAGAAAAUUGUCGUUUAUUCCACGCACAUUAUGUAUCGAUGCAAGAAAAACGAUAUCACCGAAUUAGGCAAAGUACGGGAAUCAAUUGAGGGCGUCAAUAAAUUAAUGAUUUACAUGGAAAAAGAAGUGAUUGACAGCAUGCAUUUUAAUACGUUCGACAAAAAUCAAGUCAUACUCAAACCAUUGUCAGAACUAAAACGCGAAAUUCAUUCAUUCGAUCUGUGAACACUAAGGGGAUGAAAUUGAUUUUCAUUUUGAAUUAGAAAUUACAUCACAAACAACCGUUCAAAUUGAGACUGCCGAUUUUUAUUUUUGGUCAAAAAAAUUAGAUCUCUUUUUGUAUUUUAUUAUUCUGUAUUUUUUUGGCGAGCAAAUUUUUUUUACAUCACUGCCCAAUUAUUUUAUAUAAUAUGUCAUUUUAUUUGUAUUUAUUCAUCUUAUAUAUAUUAACCAAUUUGAGAUAUGUGACUGAUUUUAAACUACCAAAAACAAAGGGAAUUUUUAGGAAAAAAUUAAAUCCAUAAAUUUGAUUAUAAACAUUGAGUGUCUAUUUUAGGCGAAUUUAAUUUAUUGUAGAAAUUCGUCCAUCACAUACUUUUAUUCAAUUUUUAUUUAUCUAAAGAAAAAAAAUUAUAUACUUCAGAUUUUAAACAGUUUUCAAAGGUAACA